AGCCUUUAGCGCUGCAACGUCGUCAUAGCAACCAGGCGCUUUCCCCGUCCCGCUUUAUAAACAACCGCAGCAGAAGUUAGAGAGAGUUCUCCCGGGGGUUCUUCUUCUUCUUCUUCUUCAUCAUCUUCAUCCUCCUCAUCCUCAGCAUGCCGCUCCUGGUCACGGAUCACACCUGGACCCAGACCGAGAGCACGGUGUUCCUCCGCGUGCCGUUAAAAGCCGUUAAACCGGCCAGAGUGGACGUCGUGUGCACCGAGGAGUACCUGAAGGUCAGUUUCCCUCCCUUUCUGUUCGAGGCCUUCUUCUCGGAGCCGAUAGACGAAGAGAAAAGCGAGGCGAAAAUAGGAAACGGCGUUGCGCUGUUCACUCUGCCCAAACAGAGAGCGGGUCUGUGGGAGCAGCUCAGUGUGAACAUCGGGAAGGACAAACAGAGAGAGAUUCGAGAAGGAGCUCUCAUCAAAGCCCAGAAGAAGGAUAUGGAGAAGGAGGAAAUGAAAGCCCUGAGGAUUCAACAGGAGAGGAAGUACACGCUGGAGACCAUGAUGAAGAUGGAGGAAGAGGAGCGAGCGAGAAUCCAGAGGAUGAAGGAUGAAGAGUGUGCCAGAGCCGUGAAGGAGCUGGAGGCCUGGAAAGAGAAGAAGAGGGUAGAGGAAGAGGAAGAAGAAGCUCGGCAAAGGAAACAGGAAGUAGCUGCGAAGGAAACAGAACAAAUCCGUCAGCACAGAAAAGCUGCGAAGGUUCUGACACCUGGACCAAACCCGAGCAGAGCUGAAGGUGAGAAAAGCAGUGGGAAAAAGUCCAAGCAGGCGGCUCUUCCAGCUCCGAGAUCGGCGGGCUGCAUUAAGGUUAGCUUCACCCCUCGGGUUUUCCCCACACCAUCACGAGAGUCCUGCAUCCCCGAGGAAGAAGAGUGGCUCAGGAAGCAGGCCGAGGCGAGACGGGAGGCGAACGCCGAUCUCGCUGAGCUGGAUGAUCUGACAGAGGAGGAGAAAAACCCUGACUGGCUCAAGGAUAAAGGAGAUAAAUUCUUCAGCGUGGGGAACUACCAUGCCGCGCGCAACGCCUACAACCUGGCCAUCAAGCUCAACCGCCGCAUUCCUGCCCUGUUCUCCAACCGAGCAGCUUGUCAUCUGAAGCUCAGAAAUCUUCACAAAGCCAUCGAGGACAGUUCUCAGGCUCUGGAGCUGCUCACACCAGCGGUCUGUGGUAAUGCUGCAGCCCGGAUGAAGGCCCACGUGAGGAGAGGAACGGCUUUCUGUCAGCUCCAGCUCUAUGUGGAAGGACUUCUGGACUACCAGGCUGCUCUGAAGAUCGAUCCACACAACCAGGCUCUUCAGGCAGACACCCAGAAGAUCCGGGAGAUCGUCCAAGGCACCGGACCAAGCUCCAAAUCACCCACAGUGUUUUAGAGGGAAUAGGGAACUGGGGAACAGUCUGUUCUGAUGCUCACUGAGUCCUGAACAUAAGCGAUGAUGGCUUGUCUUGUCUUAUAUAAUACCAGCAGUGUUCUUCAUCUCACUUUAUUGCCUAUAAUAAUUAUUUUUUCCAUGAAACACCACAGUGUGUGUCUUGUGGGGAUCAGCUCUGAUCCUUAAGGUCAUCUGUAAUAAUAUACACCCUUUUUGUUUACAGGACUCAUUCCAGCUGAGUCUGUGAUUAUGUGCUGCAGUUGAAAGCUUCCUGAAAUGGCUUUCUUUCCGAUCUCCUGCAGUCUUUCAUUUUAAACAGAUGGCAAUUAGUGGAUCCCGUUCUUUGGAAGUAAAGCAUUUUAACUUACUUUUAAGCCACAAACCCCAGUAAAACCCGACCCAGUUCAUUACACACUGGGGCUGAAGCUGCUGUCUUUCUAAUAUAAAAUAUUUCACCAUAAGUUAUAUAUAUUUUUUUGCCUCCACAUCAGAUUUCUUAUGCUUAACAAAUGUUGACUACUUUGUUAACCAGUGAGACAUGAGGCUGCGGCUGAUUUCUUCUUAUUCCAGGCUGUAGAAUUGUGCUCAUUUGAGUUGAUAUUGUUCACACACAUCUAUAAGACAUGGUUAGCAGUGAGCUGAGAAGGUGGAAGAGAAAUCCUGAACAUCAACCAGGUGGAUUAUGUACUCUUUUAU